GGCGUGGGAUCCCUGCUCACGUGCUUAAUUACUACAGCAAAACCGGAAGAGGAAGAGAAGCCUAAAUUUGUGUUUAUGACUAGGUGUUAUGCAGUGGAAUCUUUAAUUUUCAUAAUACCAUUUUACAAGACUUGUAUAUGAAAUUAUGGACGAUACAUUGUUUCAGCUGAAGUUUACGGCGAAGCAGCUGCAGAAGCUGGCAAAGAAAGCAGAGAAGGACUCCAGAACUGAACAGGCCAAAGUGAAAAAGGCUCUUCAGCAGAAGAAUGUGGAGUGUGCCAGGGUCUAUGCAGAGAAUGCCAUCAGGAAGAAGAAUGAAGGGGUGAACUGGCUGAGAAUGGCAUCUCGAGUGGAUGCGGUGGCGUCAAAAGUUCAAACAGCAGUAACAAUGAAGGGGGUUACAAAAAAUAUGGUUCAAGUUACAAAAGCACUGGACAAAGCCCUGGGCUCAAUGGAUCUCCAGAAGGUGUCGGCUGUUAUGGACAAGUUUGAAACGCAAGUCCAAAAUCUGGACGUUCACACCUCGGUCAUGGAGGACUCAAUGAGUUCGGCCACCACCUUGACCACACCCCAGGAGCAGGUGGACAGCCUGAUCAUACAGAUCGCAGAGGAGAGCGGCCUGGAGGUCAUGGACCAGCUGAAAGAUCUGCCAGCUGGAGCAACUUCACUGGGAGAGAGCUCGGCCCGCGUGCAGGAUAAAGAGGACCAGCUCUCAAGGAGGUUGGCUGCCUUACGUCAUUAAAAAGUGCUUUGUUUAGAAGAGAAAACAGCCAGUAUUGCUUUAAAGGGCUGUCUGCAGGGGACAGUAUAGUAUGAGCUCCAUGUAUUGUAUUCAGCUGUAUGUAUAAGCACUCUGGCUUCCUAUUAUUGAUCUUCCCUAUAGUACCUGUUUCAUUUUAUUGAUGACUGAUCUCACUAUGACUGAAAGGAUGCUGCUGAACAUCAGGCAGCCCAGAAACAGCUUGACAAUCCAGUGUAUGGUUUAUUAUGCUGUUCUCUUGGUUGGUUUUUAUUGAACACUCUGCCACCUUGUUGUUUUUUUCUCUCUCAACUCUCUAUGUAUGCUGGUCUGAUUCACAUAAUGUAACCCAAAAACACUAAAGUACUGCAUAUAGUAAAACUACUACAUGAAUAUUGUUCGCAGAUGAAGAUUAAACAAACAGAUGCAUUUAGUAUGACUUAAUACCAAAUAACACCUUUUGAUUGUACAGUUUUAUAUAUAGUAAAAUGACUGUUAGACCACAUGGAAUAUCUGUAAAUUUCUGCUAAUUCUCAGAACAUUUUUAUUUGUUAUUGAUCAGUCAUAGCCAGUCGGAAAUUGAAUAAUGGAUAGUUAGUAAUGUAUUGGUGCAGCCAACAGAACUUGGAAUAUGCAGGUGUGCUAUAUGAUUAGUUUGCAUGUAUAUGAACCAUGUCCUUCUAAGCGAAGAAACUUCUGCCUCUAACCGUCAAGUUUUUUUCACUGGGCUGUCUGUUCCGAUUGAUAACAAGCUCCACGUCUAAAUAACUUGCAUAAAAACAGAAGAUAGUGAAAACUAACACGCCCAGUUCGUAAAUUGGAAGUGGUGUUCAUGAAGUUGGAGUUACUUUCUCGGUAUGCAGUAACAGCGGACUGAAAUAAUUUGAAAAACCCUUUAAACUCUGCUCAUUUAGUUACAGUAGUAUUAGUUAUUAUAACCCCCACCCCCACUCUGCAAACAAUCUAUGUAGUAAAAUGAGUAUUGCCUUAUACAAAUACAGGUGCUUGCUGAAGAGCUCAACAGUCUAUGGUGCCAGAAUGCCUCUCGUUAGAGUAAUGAUACAUAGGAGAUUACAGGCGUAUUUGCAUGGUUUAGCUGAUUAAUAAAAAAAUAUAGACCUCUGACAAGCCUUUAAUAUAAUAGGUAGUACCUGUCACAUAUGAAACAAGGUACACUAUGGUGUAUUGUGGGGAAUUAUUUUAGGGUUAUGUGGGAUCUUAAUGGACAUGAUUGGAUCAAAACAUUUUCUUUAUGUAAUUUACAGUUAUGGAUGAUUUAAUAUCUUUGUCUGCUUAUGCUUUUAAAUGGUUCUUUUUGGUGUGGUCCAACUCAAUUUAUUGAUUGUUCAAAGAUAUAUAGAGACAGUAAUUUUUUUUUUGGUUUUGUAUUUUGAAAUAAACCCUGUUCAUUCUGUUUAAA